AUGCAAAAAGGUCAUCCUUUACAAAGUUCUGCUUAUGACAUAGAUAGAUAUACUAUAUUAGCAGCAAAUGAUCACUUCGUUGGUAUGGGAAUUGAAGAGGGUGGAGAAAAUAAAAUGCUGGGACUGAGAUUUACUCCAAGGCACAAUCGUUCAAAGAGUCUUCCUGAUAAGAAAAGAGAUGAGGAGGAUAAUCCACAUAAUCACCUUGAGGCCUCAGACCGAAGGAAGCUGGAUACGGGUUACCUCACGGAAUGUGCUAAAGCUAGGAAAAAACGAACCCCUACAAGUGAAGUCCACGGGACUAUGAAGCAAGAGAUUCUACAGCUAGAGAGAAGAUUACAAGACCAACUUGAGGUCAGAUGCACGUUAGAAAACGGACUUGGAUACAGAUCUCCAUCUCUUGUUAAUUCAAAUGAGAUGAUGAUGCCCAAGCCUGCCACAGAAUUAAUUAGGGAAAUUGCAGUGUUAGAGUGGGAAGUUGUGUAUUUGGAACAACAUCUUCUCUCCUUGUACCGUAAAGCUUUUGAUCAACAAUUGUCUUCUGUUUCCCCGUCUACCAAGGAGAAAAGUGUAGAGUAUCCUCAAACAACACUUGGAGCACGAUUCAUCAAGGUUUCUAUGCCUGAGGUCUUAACCAAAAGAGAAUGUUCUACGGUACAAUCUAAUGACCAUGAGCUUGAGACUCUGCCAAAGGAACAUAAUGGAUAUGAUUUUGAGACUUUGGGGAAAGAAUGUAAUGGAAGUCGGCCAGAAGAAAAGCAUUUAGAUUCUGGUGUUUAUCGUUGCCAUUCCUCACUAUCCCAGUAUUCAGCAUUUACAAGAGCAUCUCCUCAGGGGGAAUUUUUGACUAAACCUCUGCGUAACUGUCAUUCUCAACCAUUGUCCAUGAUGGAGUAUGCCCAAAGCUCUUCAACAAAUAUAAUCAGUUUGGCAGAACAUCUGGGUACCCGAAUAUCUGAUCAUGUUCCAGUGUCACCUAAUAAACUUUCUGAGGAUAUGGUCAAAUGCAUAUCAGCUAUAUAUUGCAAGCUUGCAGACCCUCCUUUGACACAUCCUGGCCUUUCAUCUCCCAGUUCAUCAUUGUCCUCAACGAGUGCCUUUUCUAUUGGAGAUCAAGGUGAUAUGUGGAGCCCAAGGUUCAGGAAUAAUUCCUCUUUUGAUGUACGGUUAGACAAUCCUUUCCAUGUGGAGGGACUCAAGGAGUUUAGUGGGCCAUACAGCACCAUGGUUGAAGUAUCAUGGAUUUAUAGAGAGAAUCAGAAAUCGGGUGAUACUGUGAAGUUGCUCCAGAAUUUCAGGUCACUUAUUUGUCGAUUAGAAGAAGUAGAUCCUGGGAAGUUGGAACACGAGGAGAAGCUAGCUUUCUGGAUCAACGUACACAAUGCUUUGGUGAUGCAUGCAUUUUUGGCUUAUGGGAUUCCACAAAACAAUGUGAAAAGAGUGUUUCUUCUUUUGAAGGCUGCAUAUAAUGUUGGGGGUCAUACAGUUAGUGCAGACACAAUUCAGAGUACUAUACUUAGGUGCCGCAUGUCUCGCCCUGGACAGUGGCUACGCUUGUUUUUCUCUCCAAGAACAAAAUUCAGAGCUGGAGAUGGACGACAAGCAUAUGCAAUGGAGCAUCCUGAGCCUCUUUCACACUUUGCCCUCUGUUCAGGAAACCAUUCUGAUCCAUCGGUUCGCGUAUAUACACCAAAGAGGGUGCUUCAAGAGCUAGAAGUUGCAAAGGAUGAGUACAUUCGAGCCACCUUUGGGGUACGCAAGGACCACAAAAUUCUCUUACCAAAGCUUGUUGAGUCAUUCACCAAGGACUCAGGUUUGUGCGCUAGUGGUGUUAUGGAGAUGAUCCAAGAGUCUAUACCUGAAUCCCUAAGAAAGAGUGUUAAGAAAUGCCAGCUCGCAAAAUCCCGGAAGUGCAUAGAAUGGAUUCCACACAACUUCACUUUUCGAUAUCUCAUAUCUAAGGAUAUGGUAAAAUGAUUACUUAGGCAGCGCUAUUGCUUGCUCUAUGUAAUUCUUUUUGUACAAAAUCGUUA